CACAGUACCAGGAUUGAAGGAAAAUAAAGUGCUCUUUUACCGUAUCGAAGGAAAAACAGUAACUGGACUUCCUCAAAUCAGAGAUCAGUUUUCCGGCUUCGAGUACAAUGGAACCCUUCUUAUCGAAACUCACGCUUCAAAUAUACUCUUACUGCAGUUCAUUGACAUGAAAUACGAUAUCAUGAAUGGAGACUUGCCGAAUGGUUGGUGGUCUGACAGCUCUGCGUCUACAUAUAACGAGACCAAGCCUCUUCCUCUGACCAAGUCAGCGUUUGUUCUUCAACUGGAGAAUCAUUUUGUUAAAAAAGUCGUAGUACCACGUGAUCUGAAGGACUGGGAAUUGAACUUCAUAAAAGGUUUCUUAAAAUCAUUCUUCCCAAACUUCGACAGCUUUAAAAUCAACAAAAAAGAUAAGAGCAACUAUUCAUCCAAGUCGAAAUCUCGCCCGGAUUUGGAGGACUCUUUCACAGUGAUGCAGGAAACGGUAGUUGGAAAGUGUGAGGUGCAGUAUGAAGUUUUCCGCUCACCCCGUAACGGAGAAGGAUGGCCCCAGUCUUCCAAUGACAACAUGAAGAGCACGGUUUGUGGAAGUAAUGACGAUCUUUUUGAAAUAGUUCGCACACACAACUACAGUAAUUGCGAAUAUACCGCUGAGACCCGCUUCGCUCUACCUCGGUACACGGCAGCUGAUUGCCCCCCUGGAGAUAGCAAAUGCGACGAUGUAUUGAAUAGGGCUUCAGUUAGUCGCAUCCGAGGCUGUUCAAGUUCUAGGGGGUCCCUAAUUCUGGACUCUGUCACUAGUUCUUCAGUGAGUGCUAACCUUCAACUCCAUGCUGAAAGUAAGGCGAUCGUUUCUUCAAAAUUGAAUGCAACUCUAAUCAAUUCUACAGCUCUCCCUCCCGGUGAUCCAUCCAAUAGAAUUGGCUUAUUACCAAAAGACCCAAUGCAUAUUGGAGACUUCUUCUACACAUAUUCACACUCUGUCAAGAACCGUUCAGGAAGUAACUGCAAGAGCAGGCGUUCUGAUGAAAGACAAUACAAGCCAAAAAAGAGCGACGAUGAUACCAACAAGCAUGGCAAUGGAAAUCCUCAAGAUCCGGAUGAAGAUUCAGGAACCGUCAAGAAUCCCUCAUCUAGUUCUCAAUCGAACAAAAACUCCAACAAUCAUGAUAACAUUCUCAUGGAAAUUAAUGAGAAUGGUGACAUUUACAACAGAAUUAAGAAGAGCGUUUCGAAAAAGUCUUUCAGAGGUGAAAAUCGUGGAAGCAAAGAAAAUGAUAGUAGGUCUUAUGGUGUUGACAAUGACGAUGAUGAUGAUGAUUUUAACAACAAAAGAAAGUCUCAAAAGAAGUUCAAGAACAAUUACAACAGUCGAGAAUUUACAGAGAAUGAAGAGGGAAAUCCUUUCAAAAACAAUGACAACAGUGGAGAAUUUACAGAUAACAAACAGGGAAGAAGGUUCAAAAACAAUGACAACAGUAGAGAAUUUACAGAUAACAAACUGGGAAAAAGGUUCAAAGGCAAUGACAACAGUGGAGAAUUUACAGAUAAGAAACAGGAAAAAGGGUUCAAAAACAAUGACAACAGUAGAGAAUUCACAGACAAGAAUCAAGGAAAAUGGUUCAAAAACAAUGACAACAGUGGAGAAUUUACAGAUAACAAACAGGGAAAAGGGUUCAAAAACAACAAUGACAACAGUGGAGAAUUCACAGAUAACAAACAGGGAAGAAGGUUCAAAAACAAUGACAACAGUAGAGAAUUUACAGAUAACGAACAGAGAAAUACGUUCAAUAUCAACUACCACAAUAGAGAAUUCAUAGAAAACGAACAGGAUGAUGUACAAAAUAAGAGGAAACAGAAAAACUAUAAUGAUGACGACGAUGAUGAUGACAACGAGAGAAGAUCGGUUAAAUAUAUCGCAACCGCCUGGAAUCUACAUGAGCCUUCAAUGAAUGACGGUUACUCACAACCUUUGAACCCAUUCACUCUUUCAUUCAGAACUGAUGAAUGUGUUGAUGCUGUGCUUGAAGAACAAGUUAAGGCUAUUGCUACGGACAUCAUGGCUGGCUUUGUGUCAUCAGAGGGCGCCUUGACUGAGAAAAUUGCUAUCGCCAUUGAUAUCAAUCGCAUGCUGUCAUUCGAAGAGAUCAAAUCUUUAUCACACCUUUUCAUGAACUCUGAAAAUCUAUUUGAAAGGGCUGUAUUCCGUGAUGUGGUGUCUUCAAGUGGUUCAAAACCGUCUCUUAAAAUCAUCAACGAGUGGAUUAACCGCGACAUUAUUUCCAACGAGGAAAGCGCACAAAUUUUGAGACUUCUUCCAGAAAAGCUGAUGUUCUCUGACAAAGAAACCGUUGAAUUCUAUUUCAAAAUUGUGAAACUAGUCGCAGAAAAGGGAGACUCUUCGCUGUUUUCAGCAGCAGUGAUUGGAUUCUCCAACUUCGUUCGCGUCGCUUGCUUCGACCAAACAUCCACCAGGUCACGGUUCAAUCCGGAGUUCUACAACCAAGUCUGCCAGCAAAGCCAGACCGACGAAUUCAUCCACUGGUUAGAUGAGAAGCUGAGGGACGAUUUGUCGUCAUUCAAGAUCAUCGUGACCGCCAUGGGCAACACUGGGAGUCCAUCCGCAAUCAGUAAGCUGACGAAAAAGGCUCAAGACUCGAGUCUCUCGUCGUACAAACGUCUGUCGUCCGUUUUUGCGCUCAGAUACCAGAGUUUCCAGUAUCCUAAGCUGGUCGCUCCACAGCUGAUGAGACUCUACGCCAAUUUCUCGAAUCCAGCUCCGGUCAGGAUUGCUGCUUUCUCCCUUCUCGUGUACACCCAACCACCAGUGUCCGCAUGGCAGAGAUUUGCCGUUUCCACCUGGUUUGAGAAGAACAUUGUCGUCAACAACUUUGUACAGACCACCAUACAGUCUUUCAGCAGAAAUGAAUAUCAGGCGUAUGCUGACAUCUCAAAGGCCGCUUCGAUUGUUCUUCCACUGAUGAAACCAAUUGCUAAUAUGAUGCAAAUGAAAGCAUUCAACUCCAUGAUGGCUUCAACCAUCAGAGAAAUCGAAACAGCUGUUUUCCAUCAGAACUCUUGGAUUGGAUUGGCCGAUGUCAUGAGUCUCUACAACAGGCAUACCACCAGUACCAAUGCCUUUUCAUCUUUGUUCGAGGCCGAGUUGACUUCUGCCAACCCAGAUGGACUCCUAACAGCAAUCAAAGAUCUGCUCAUGCUUUCCAACGACGUUUCACAAGUCAGGCCACCCAUAGCCGAUCUUAAAAGAUCGACUCGUUGGAUUCACAAUCUGCUAGGACUGGUGGCUAGAAAGCCUCCUCAGCUUGAAGGAGAUAUCCACAUCAGGAUCAAUAAACUGGUUGAACACGUCCAUUCUUUUGAUCGCAGAACUCAGAUAUCAAUGGUCAAAUGGGGAAGGAAAAUGAUGACAGAACUUCUCCUUGGAAAGCUGCAAUACGAUCAUCUGAAACUUGACAUGUCCUCAACAAUGGUGUCAACAACUACCGAAUUGGGACUUCCAGUCCGUCUGCAAAUGAGAGUGCCCUCCAUCACGCAGUUCAAUGUCAGUGCUAGGCUGCUCCAAGAGUAUGCUUUGAACUCAACUGUGGAAUUCCUACAUUCCUCCGGCAUGAACACCGAUUUGAGUUUCUUCACUCCAUGGGACCGCAACACAUUCACAUCAGGAGUGAUUGGAUCCUGUUUCGUCCAAAUUCCAACCGUCGCGAUUCUGCACAGGCGCUUUGGAGCCCAAAGUGAGCUCCAAGUGUCGUCAAAUGCUUUCGAAAAGUCGAAAAUCUUCCAUCACUCGACCCUGCCGUUUACAAGCUUGAGGAAGCCAGAACAAAUCACCAAAGCCUAUCGCAGAAACACCGAGACUCGUUUGGUUCACAGUGGCGUCAAGAAGGAGAAAACCUUUGACCUGACACCUGAGAUUAAUGUCCGAUACAGAACUGAGAAUGAGAUGAUGUCGGUGGCCAGGGCCUUGAAGAGCAUCCAGGUUAUGGGUCAUCCAUUUUUGAGACACCAUAGCAUGAAACUAAACCAACUUGAUGUCACUAUUGAUGAGCUACCUUCUAUUUCAUUUAAUGUGUCAUUUGGUCAUGCUUUGAAGAGAAACAACGAGGUUGAAAUUCAUUACUCGAAUGUUGGAAACGCAAACCAGGUUCCUCAGAAUACUUCAACCGUAGCUCCUCCAGUUUCUUCAACCGCAAAACCGGUAACACUAGAGAUUUCCGAAGUUAAUACGACCACCGCUGGUACAAUCAUGGAAUCAGUAACCGCUUCUCCCGAUCCUUCAGAAUCAGAUUCUGAUGACUCAGCCGCUGAAGCUAAUCUUACUACAACACAAAUGCCCCCCACUUCCACUACAUCAAGAACUGUUAUUCCAAAACCAGACAAAGGUUUCUUCCGAUCUGUCAUAGACUUCUUCAAGGGCAUAUUCGGUUCUUCCAAGCAACCUGAACUUCCUACACGCAGAGUAUAUUACAGCACUGGACCAAAUAUGAUAUUGUGCGGGUCAGAUUUGGAAAUUCAUUCCCUAACUGAUUCAGUAGAUGGCAACUCAUUCAAUGCAUCAUCGUUGAAUAUCUUCAACACCAAUGAGAAUCCAUCAGAUGUACUGCUUGUCAAAGUGUUGGAAGGAUUAUCAAGUGGCAGUGCUUCUGUUGUGAACAUGGAAGUUGCAUUUACUAGAUCUGGAGUUACUGAAAAAUACUCAACUUACCUAACGAUCGGCGCCGGAUCUAUGAGGAGAAUUAAGAGAUUUGGAAUCUUUUUCAGAGGAGAUGCUUCAUCAAUGAAGGGAGGCCUUACAUCCACUCUUGAAUUGCCACUUCUACCAGCUUACGAUUUGGAAGCGAUCGUCCAUGAAAAGAAACGCCCGAAAUUCUAUGUAGACUUCAUCAAUCACUAUGAAUCAAAUAAAAUCAGGCAGCUAUCCAUCCAGGGUGACAUGGCUUACAGAGCAUUCAACAUGGUAAACUCAGACAUGAUUGACGAAUGUCAGAAGCCCAAGUCCAUUGCCUAUCAUAAUUGCAGGAAACGCUAUGAGGAAGGAACAUCCAUUGAAAAGUACUCAUUGAACAUGUCUGCAGAUGAUAAGUCGGGACUUAUUCAGUGGCUUCUGCAUAAGACGAUCACCGCCGGAGCAGCAAUUCUUACUGGAAAUGAGCAGUACGAAUUAGUUGAUGACAGAAGUCAGCCAAACUCCAACAAUCUGCAACUAGAUGUGAUCGUAGACAAGGAGAAAAAGACUCUCAAUUCUCGAAUUAAAAUGGAAUCAGCUGAGGUCUUACUGAAGAAAAUUCCCUUCCCAUACAUCAAUGAGCCCUCGCUUUCUAUGACACUCUACACUGAAGUCGAGCAGCAAUUUAACUCAGACUACUGUGGAAUUUCAUACUCUGGUAUCUCAACAUUCGAUAGAGUGAAGGUUGAUUAUAAUCUGACAAAAUGUUGGCAUCUGGUUACUAAAGACUGCAGUGGCAAAAGCAGGAUAGCUGUUCUUGCUAGACGAUCUCUAAACGACAUGGAUUUGGAUUUGGAAAUCAAUUUGGACAACUAUAAGGUGAUAAAUAUUAUUGAUGGAUCAAUCAGAAUCAAUGACAAAAAUGUAACGAUCAGUAGAAGCAAGAGCGCAGCCGCUAUCUCAGAUGAAGCCGGUACUCAACUCAUCAGAAUUGAAAGAAGCCUGGACUACGGACUAUUUAUCAAUUUGCCAGCCCAUGGAUUCCAUGUCAUCUACACAAACACAUCUGCAGUUAUCCAUGCAAGCUCCCAGAUGCAGAAUCGUCUAUGUGGGCUGUGUGGUGAUUUCAACCUGGAAGAGUUUGGCGAAUUCACAACUCCCAAGGGAUCAAGAGCACGUGACAGUCAACAAUUCGGUGCAUCAUACAAGAUCAAGGAGGGUGAUUGCAACUAGCAUCUACACUCAUAAAUUUGCACAAAAUAUUGAUGUUUAAUCUUGUAAUUUCAUUUUAUGCAUAAAUAAAUCAGAAAAAAGUAUCCAUAGA